AUGGGCAGACGCCAAAAGGCACUCAAGCGAACACGUAACGCUGCGAGUCAACAGCAGCUGCUGCGCGCAGCUGCUGCUGGAGGACAGCAGCAGCAGCAGCAGCAGCAGCAGCAGCAAACUGGCAGUGAACUUUUUUGCUGCUGCAGCAUCGCCCACGAAAGUCACAGUCAAGAACCUCAAGCCAGGCAAGUUGGAACAAUUUACAAACUGACUUGUUUGUACCGGCACGUGCCUUCGAACUUUCUGUUUCGUUUUUGCGCCAAGACGAAAAACAAGCUGAAGGCGAAGCUGCAGCAGCAGCAGCAGCAGCAGCAGCAGCAGCAGCAGCAGCAGCAGUACGCCACUCAGGAGGAGUGGCAGCAACUUCAAAAGUUCCUUUUUUUCGAUUUAUUCAAAAUGAAACAAAACCCUUUUUUGCCAGAUCGCUUCGAACUCAAAACACUCCCCCAAGCCUGGGCCUCUCCGGCCUCUUCCACCCACAGCAAACAGCCCCUCAGCCCCGUCGCCUCAGCUAGCUAG